AGUUCCUCCGAGUUUGGUUGUUGUUUUUCAGUAUCAGACGGACUGGCAGUGUUUCCUUCUCUAAAAACCCUGAAAAAUAGCAGAACUCUGAUGAUGUCUAAAGAUGAGCGGUCCACUGCUGGUCGUCAGCUGCUGUUUUUUGACCCGAGGUCCACCAGCCGGCUGCUGGAGGUCUAUGUGAAGCGCAGUCUGAGUCUGAACGACGCCACUGGACUCAGGAAGCAGCGGCUGAAGUCCCGUAAAUGGGUGACCCUGAGCGAUGGAGGCGGUCAGGCAAGACGGGCGUCCAGCGACAGCUCCACUCACCGCCUGUCCAUAGAGAAGAUCUUAAAGACCACAGAGUCUGAGAAACCUCCUCAGUCAGACUGGACACUGCCAUCAUCCAAAUCCUCCAUUGGAGAUGUGGAGAAAAAAAACAGGAAAACUCCAGAAACAGCCAGGAAGUCGUUCCUCAGGGCUUUUCUCCACUGGUUCUCCAAGAAGGGAUCUGAAACAAGGCCGGAAUCUCCCAAACCUGGAACUUGCUCCUCAGAACUGAAAGCUGAAGAGGCUUCCAAAGCGGUGAAAAAGAAACACUCUCUCAGAAAGCUCUCGUUCAGGAGAGUGGAGAAGUCAGAAUCUCUGCGAAAACCCGCUCUCACUCCGGAGGACGUGGUCAAACUUCCGCACGCUGUGAGUGUGGAGCCCACCAGCGCGUACUUUGAGAAGGUCUCUGAGGAGUUGGAGCGCAUUGUGAAGGAAGUGAAGACCAGUCCAGAUGGAGAUGCUGUUGUAGGUCAGAGCACUGCUGCUUCAGAAGAACAAAGUCCUACUCCAGAUGACACUGUUGAGAGGAUUAUCAGUCUGCUGAAGCAACACGGAGAUGCCAUCAAUGAGCAGAUUCAGAAGAACAGCAGGAUACACUCGUUCUUCCAGCGAUUGUCAUACAAUUCCUUCCAGCAGCUUGCUGACCGCUACCUCUCCCGGAUCCCGCAGCCGGCGGACCGGGUCCCGCACACCGCCCCGGAGCUGGUCCAGCUCGCCUUCACAUUGGACUUCACCGCUAAAGUGGCCGGUCUGUCCAGCCAAGCUGUAAGCCGCAUCAUGGGCUUUGGGAACCAGUACCUGCAGGACCGAUUUACACAGAUAUGCUCCGCCCACAAACAGGAGUCUGAAGAUGUGGAAGGUCAGUGCUGCAGUGACCCCGAGUAGCAGCUCUCAGGCGAAGAACAUGGGGGAAGUGCUGGUCACUGUCUGGAAUGUUCUGUAAACGGUAUUAAUGGACUCGUACAGUCCGCUAUGGUGUAGAUGCAGCAGGCUGUGAUGGGUUGGAUUCUGAGGGUGAGAACUUCGUGGCAGAAAAAGAAGAGCUGCUUCUGUGGUUUCCUGUGGCCUCACAGCCUUUUGUAGCAUGAGGGUGUGAUUAGUGAGAUGUUUAAAAGUCUCAGUUAUCGCUGGCGAUGAAGAACUCAUGCUGAACUUUUCUACGAAUGAUUUCUGUGAGGAAAGUGCAGAUUGGAAACUUUCCUACUGUCGUACUGUUAGGGCUGUCACAAUCACGAAAUUUUAGCUCACGAUUAAUUUCAUUUAUUAAUUGUUAUUAAUUGUCAUCUGUGUGUGAGUAGAAGAGGAGAUAUUUUAUUAUGAUUUAAAUUUGAUGAGAAAUUAUUGUCGUCAGUCUCGUUUAUCAGAAGAAACAUCUUUUGUCAUUUUUUGACAGAAAAAGUUAAAGGUAAAGACUCAAACCCGAUACAGAGUGUAAAUUGAAUAUAAAUGCUAUUAGUUACAUAACUAAAGCUCUGUUGGAGCCGGAUUAGUUUGAGUUGGGGAGGUUUUGUAAUUUGAGUGUUUACUGAUAAGAUUUUAUUCCAAUAUAAAUAUACAGUGUUAGUAGUUUGUUUAGUAAUAAUUCUGGCUUUAAUGAUCUUCUACACUUUGCUGAACUCUGAGCUCUUUCAGUGACAGCAGCUCUGGGUGCUAUAUAGACCCUUUUUCAAAAAGGUUUGUAUAGAACCAUAUACAUCACAUUCUCCAUCAAUCUGAAGAACCAUUUCAUGAUCCAAAGAACCCUUUCAUCAUCAUGGAAACACUCUUUGAGUGUUCGUGGUUCUUUGUAGAACAAUUUAGUUUACUUAAAAACCUUUGAAGAACCAUCUUUUUUAAGAGCGUACCCAUUUAAUUUUAAUGUUAACGCUGGUGUAAGAAUGUCUGGGUUAUCCGGGGCUAAUUUGGGGAAAAUCCAGAGAUACUUUAUUCUGUCAAAUCUCUACAAAUUACAUUACAGGGCCUUUUCUAAUAAAACUAAUCCAGCUCCAGUAUAGCCUUACUGCAUGACUAAAGGGAAAAUCCACCUAUUUUUAGAAAUUCUUCUAAAAUUCAGUGUGUGAGAUGUAAACAGAGUGAUUCAGGGUGGUUUGGUGUGAAAUUGUUCAGAUGUCUUUACAGUGGUGGUGAUAGGAACCAGGGGUUGCCAAGACUACAACAGAA